CUUGGACCAAUCGCGGUGGAUGUUUAUUACGUCUGCGCUCCCAUGAAUGAUAGUCUGCAAAGAUGGCGUUGAGAGAAUUGUCCUCGCUGGAGAAAUCACUAGGAUUGAAAAAGCCAAAAAAAUACAGCACACAAGGCGACAAUAAGGUUCCGGUUCUUCAGAACAACAAUGGGCCAAGCCUGACCGGGCUAGUGACCAUCGCCACUCAUCUGGUCCAGGAGGCCAACCGGUCCGAGCUGCUGGGUAGCUCUGCUGAGCAGAGGGCUUUGGUGCAGCAGUGGCUGGAGUACAGGGUUACCAAGCUGGACAACUGCCCAAAAGAGGACAUCAAGACCAUCUUUAAGGAUCUUAACCUGUACCUGGAAGAUAAGGUUUACCUGGCUGGAAAUAAUUUCACUUUAGCUGACACACUCAUGUACUACGGAAUCCAUCACAUCAUGGUGGACCUGGCCGUGCAGGAGAAGGAGAAGUGGGCCAACGUGACCAGGUGGUUCGACCACGUCCAGCACUACCCCGGAGUCAGACACCACCUGCCGCCCGUGGUGGUCCUGAGGAACCGCUUCUACCCCAGCGGGCACCACUGAUCCCCCCCCCACCGCCACUAUGUGGAGGUCCACCCCCGCUAGCUGCUCCCAGCUCUGCCACCCUCUCCUCUCCCCCCCUUAGCAUCCGCGGUCCAGAAUGCUAAUACCUUGGUGUGCCCUGCAAAAAUGUGAGGAACCUGUCUGGUUCGCUUGGUGUUUGGGUUCUCGGUGUUUUCGUGAGUCUGGGGAUGUCAUUUUUAUUUUUUUGUGUUUAAAAUGUUCGAGCGAGUGAAGGGGUUGAAAGAAUGGGGUUGUUGCGGGACUGUAUUCAGCUUGGAGCAGAGCGCUGGGAGGAUUCCUGUUCGUUUUUUCACAGGUGCUUGCAAGCGGUUGUACGAACUGCAUAAUUUAAAUGUAACAUUCAGUCGAAUCUCAUCUGCCAGUGAGAUUCUAAAUACUAAAACUGUGUGAAUGGGGCCCUAGGGAAAAUGCCAUAUGUGCUUCAAAUCUGAAGCCUUUAUUAAAUGUUUUCUUGUCUGAGAAUUUUCUAGAAUAUCCAAAAUCUCCUCGUCCUGCAGAAAACGCUGCGUCGGUUUGUUUUUUUUCCCCCUACUUCUUCUUCGCAGCUAGUCUUGGAGAAAGUUUGUGCUUCGCCUCUUGCCUGUUUCUGGUACGGUACAUGUAGCGGUCCAGGCUUCAGCCUGGAGUUUAAAUCAGAGUUGCUUGAAUCAAUCAGCAUGUUUAUGCUGAAGGGGAGGAGGCCGCUCACCAGCUGUACAAAUGGAUUGGUAAUUGGCAGAGCCGCUCUGUCCGUGGGGCCCGGGUGAAAACAGUGCAUCGUGUGUGUCGUUUCUCUCCCGUUUCCCACUCGGAGAGCUGGAGGGCGGGAAACCCUUUCAUCUGCAACUUCCCCCCCACGUUUGUAUGCCUUGCGCAAAUAAACUUGAUUUAUCUAUUCGCAGUGUACUGCAUCGUCCAUCCCUGCUAAUACGUGCUCUGACCGCCGGCGUCGUGGAAGAAUAACCCUUGCUACGUAUCAUAAUAGGAGGAAAUUUGCAAAGGUGAUGCAAAUUAGCACGCGCAUUAGCGCCCAAAUUAACUGGUAUUUAUCCUCGUAUUUGGUUUCAGUGAAAAAUGUGCAAGCUCAUGUAUUUGUCAUGUUUACUCACUGUUCGGUAUAAUCCCACUGCUUGGUAUAAUUUAGAAAAAUGUUGGUCCUUUGAGCUUUUUUUAUUGCCUCUGUAUGAGUGUCUUUGUAUUUGAAAUGUCUGCCACGUUACCGAUGUUUAAUCUAAAAUUAAUGCUAUCCUGUGCCAAUAAAGGGAAGCCAUUAUGGCACUGUGA